AUGAACCCCGAACAGGCACAGACAACGCCAAGCGAACGGGUUCAACAUUUUCUGCUGCUAGAGGAUCUCACGGCAGGCAUGAAACGACCAUGUGUCCUUGACCUCAAAAUGGGCACCAGACAGUAUGGACUAGAGGCUGACGAAAAGAAGAUGAGGUCUCAGCGGCGAAAAUGCCAAAUGACAACAUCUCGCGAAUUAGGCGUGCGGGUCUGCGGUAUGCAGGUGUGGAAUGCCAAAACCAAGUCGUAUCUUUUUGAAGACAAGUAUUUUGGACGCGACUUGAAGGCCGGCCGGGAAUUUCAAGAUGCACUCACGCGGUUCCUCUAUGACGGCGCAACCUACACUCGGACGACUAGACAUAUCCCGACAAUUUUAGAAAAGAUUACUCAGCUUGAAGCCAUUAUCCGGGGUCUUCCGGGAUACAGAUUCUACGCCAGUAGCCUUCUCAUGCUGUAUGAUGGCAGCAUUGGCACCGACGAAGAAACCAAGACUGAACGGAGCAAUUCUAUUCAACUCAAAAUUGUCGAUUUUGCCAACUGUGUCACGGCCGAAGAUGAGCUACCGCCUACCACUCGAUGUCCGCCCAAAGACCCUGACGGUAUUGACCGGGGAUAUCUUCGCGGUUUACGCACGCUAAGAAUGUAUUUCCAACGCAUCUACAAGGAAAUAAAUCAUGAGGACUUUGUCGAGCGCGGCGAAGGCGAGGGCUUUGAUCUCGGACAGAGAGAUACUGCCCACGGAGCAGUCACUGGUGGUUGGUCCGAUAGCGUCAUGGAAGAAGAUGCUGGGAAUGUGAGCUUUUGA